UCUUUUCUUUUUUACCCGAGCAUCGAAAUGGGUCGUGUAAUUCGUGCACAGCGUAAAGGCGCCGGUUCCGUCUUCAAGGCGCACGUCAAGAAGCGCAAGGGAGCCGCCAAGCUGCGUUCUCUGGACUUUGCCGAGCGCUCUGGCUACAUUCGAGGCGUCGUCAAGGACAUCGUUCACGAUCCCGGUCGUGGUGCUCCCUUGGCUGUCGUUCACUUCCGCGAUCCCUACCGCUACAAGAUUCGUAAGGAGAUGUUCAUCGCCCCUGAGGGCAUGCACACUGGCCAGUUCGUCUACUGCGGCCGCAAGGCUACUCUGCAGAUUGGCAACGUAAUGCCACUUAGCCAGAUGCCUGAGGGUACCAUCAUCUGCAAUCUGGAAGAGAAGACCGGUGAUCGUGGCCGUUUGGCGCGUACCUCUGGCAACUAUGCCACCGUCAUCGCCCACAAUCCUGACACCAAGAAGACUCGUGUCAAGCUCCCAUCGGGCGCCAAGAAGGUCGUCCCAUCGGCCAAUCGCGCCAUGGUCGGCAUUGUUGCCGGCGGCGGUCGCAUUGACAAGCCCAUCCUGAAGGCCGGUCGUGCCUACCACAAGUACAAGGUGAAGCGCAACAGCUGGCCUAAGGUGCGUGGUGUUGCCAUGAACCCUGUGGAGCAUCCCCACGGUGGUGGUAACCAUCAACAUAUUGGUAAGGCGUCCACAGUCAAGCGUGGCACAUCCGCUGGUCGUAAGGUCGGUCUCAUCGCUGCCCGUCGUACUGGUAGGAUUCGUGGUGGCAAGGGCGAUAGCAAGGACAAAUAAGCGAGAUCUGGAGGAGUACGUUCCGUCUGAAAUCGGCGUAAUGCUUUACAGUGUUACGUUGUUCAGUAUAAUUGUGCAUAUGUAUAUGGGAGAGCUGUAUGUGGUCAACAUGCAAUUGACACGACGGAAUAAAAUUUAUUUCUAAAUAAAACAAAA